CCCUCACCACCGCAGGACGGAGAAACCCUAAACCCUACUGCUGCGUGUGUUGUCUUUGGGGAAGACUUGGACCGUCGAAUGCCCCCUCCUCUCCUCUCACUGUCUCACUAACCCUAGCAUAUCCCCAGCGAGAGCUUUGAACGGGGGCGGCGGCCGGCUCCAAUGGCACUUUACCUGCUCUACGAGUCUGCUUCUGGUUACGCCCUGCUUCUCGCUCACGGGCUCGAUGAAAUCGGGCAGAACACUGAGGCUGUUCGCAGCUCUGUUUCGGACCUCAACCGUUUCGGUAAGGUCGCCAAGCUCGUGGCCUUUAACCCGUUUGAGUCCGCUCUUGAUGCUCUCAAUCAGUGCAACUCCGUUUCCGAAGGGAUUAUGACGGAUGAGCUGAGGAACUUCUUGGAAAUUAAUCUUCCGAAAGUCAAGGAUGGUAAGAAGGCAAAGUUUAGUUUAGGUGUUGCAGAGCCCAAGAUUGGAUCCCAUAUUUUCGAAGUUACCAAAAUCCCUUGUCAGAGCAAUGAGUUCGUUCUUGAGCUUCUUCGUGGUGUGCGCUUACAUUUCGACCGAUUUAUCAAGGACUUGAAGCCUGGUGAUUUAGAAAAAGCACAACUUGGUCUAGGCCACAGUUAUAGCAGAGCAAAAGUGAAGUUCAAUGUCAACCGAGUGGACAACAUGGUUAUACAGGCCAUCUUUCUACUGGAUACUCUUGACAAAGAUGUCAAUUCCUUUUCCAUGAGAGUUAGAGAGUGGUACUCUUGGCACUUCCCCGAAUUGGUAAAGAUUGUCAAUGACAAUUAUCUCUAUGCCAAAGUUGCAAAAUAUAUAGAGGACAGAUCAAAGCUGGCUGAAGAUAAAAUCCCUGGUUUGACCGACAUAAUCGGUGAUGAAGAUAAGGCAAAGGAGAUAGUUGAAGCUGCCAAAGCAUCUAUGGGGCAGGAGUUGUCUCCUAUCGACCUGAUCAAUGUCCAACAGUUUGCUGAGAAGGUGAUGGGCCUGUCUGAGUACCGGAAGAAGCUCUAUGACUAUCUUGUGACGAAAAUGAAUGACAUUGCACCCAAUUUGGCUGCUUUGAUUGGUGAAGUUGUUGGAGCUCGCCUGAUUUCUCAUGCUGGGAGUCUCACUAACUUGGCUAAGUGCCCUUCUUCAACCCUUCAGAUUCUUGGUGCUGAAAAAGCUCUCUUCAGAGCGUUGAAGACAAGAGGAAACACACCCAAAUAUGGUCUGAUCUUCCAUUCAUCUUUCAUUGGUCGGGCAUCUGCACGGAAUAAGGGUCGCAUGGCCCGUUAUCUUGCAAACAAGUGUUCCAUUGCAUCACGCAUAGAUUGUUUCUCAGAGAGGGGAUCGACUAUCUUUGGAGAGAAACUUAGGGAACAAGUUGAGGGGCGACUUGACUUUUAUGACAAGGGAAUUGCUCCUCUUAAAAACAUUGAUGUGAUGAAAUCUGCCAUUGAAAGUACUGCAAACAAAGACAAAGAGAUGGAAACAGAAGAACCAGUUGAUGCAUCGGCAAAGAAAAGCAAGAAGAAGAAGUCCAAAUCUGCAGGAGCAGAGGAUGGCGAGGCUAUGGUGGAAGACAAACUGACCGGUGCCGCAAAUGGAGAAGCUGAAGAGGAACCUAAGUCGAAGAAAAAGAAGGAGAAGCGGAAACUGGAUGAGGAGGAACAAGGGAAAGCUGAGGAUAAGUCAAAUGGUGCUAAUGGUCUCGAAGCUGUUGAGGAUGGAACCACCACCAAGAAGAAGAAGAAGAAGAAGAGCAAGGAUGAAGGCGGAGAGGAGUUGCAGGCUGCAAGCGACAUGGAGAAGAAAAAGAAGAAGAAGAAAUCGAAGGGUGAAGACUGAUGAUUUUCAGGAGAGAGAGUAACAAGUCCCAAGGGCUAAUUUUCCGUUGUAUUGUAUCUCGAGGCCCUGCAAAAUCCUGUUAGGAACUCUUAGCAUGAAAUUACCUUGUUUUUUAAUUUUUGUCUUAUGAAUGGAUUGCUGUUCGUGGAACUCAAUGGAAUUUUGGGGAAUUUAAGAAGUGCUUGUAAUCUUCUAUAUAUAUAUAUAUAUAUAUAUAGCUUUAAGCUCCAGUUAA